AUGAGUAAUACAAACAAUAACAGUAAUAACAAAAAGGAUAACAAAGAAGACAAUAAGGCAUAUGGUCUUUGGGAAGAAAUGGAUGAUGAUAGCCAUGAGGAAAUGUUUAAUCAUGUAAUCCAAAAGACAACUAAAUUUAUUGAUGAUGAUGAUGAUGAAACAGGUGAUACAUGGGAUAAUUUAUAUGCUAAACAUAUUACCACUCCUGAUGAAACAGAACAACCAGAACAACCAAAGCAACAACAAUCACAACAACCAGAACAACAACAAUCACAACAAAUUUCAUAUGCAUCACAAGUACAAACAUCAAAUAAUAGUGAUGACAGUUCAUCAAGAAGAGAGGGUAGUUCUAGAGGUUCAAGAAGAAAAGCUGGUGAAAAAAGAAAUGAAACUGAACAUAAAACAACUUCUUCAAAUGAUGACCAUGAUAACUUGAUUCAAGAGGAAUUUACUAUGAUUGAGUCACCAUCAUCACCAGUUGAAAUUAGCAAUGAAGAUGAUUUCCCAACUUUAUCAACAGGUGGAAAGAGAAAAACCAAAUCAAAUUCAUCAUCACCAACUCCAUCAUCACCAUCCAUCACAACCAACGACAAUACCUCAUCAAAUACACCAAAACAAUCAUGGAGUGAAUUAUUAAAGCAUGCUAAAGAAGAUACACCAUCAAGCUCAUCACCUUUAUCAAAAGACAGUAACAACAAUAAUAAUAGCUAUGAUGAUAGCGAUAGUGAUAGUUUGGGUGGAUUUGAACCACCAGCACCAUUUAUUCCACCAACAUCAACUUCAAACAGUACAGCAGUAACAGAAGAGCUUGUUCAAGUUACCUACACAGACGAAAAAGAUUUCAUUGGUGAGGUUAAAACUGAUACACAAAUUAAUAUUAAACCAAAAACCAAAGCAGUACCAUUCCAAAAUACACUUUCAUUAAAAGCCAAAGCUAAACAACAAAAAAAACAAGCUAAACAAUCAUCACCAUCAUCACCAUCAACACCAACAACAACAACAGCAAAAACAUCAACUUCAUCUUCAUCAUCAUCAAACACACUUAAAAAUAAUCCAUAUGCUGCAUUAGAAGAGGAAGAAAGAAUUCUUCAAUCUGUAUUAAAAGAAUCACUUCAAACAAGCAAUGUUAAAUCUAGCCCAUCUUCAUCAUCAAGCUCAAACAACACAACCACCAAUACCUCAAACAAAAACAAUAAUAACCCAUCCUCAUCUAAAGUUAAUACUACUACCAAUAGUAAACCACAACAACAAACACAACCAUCACAAAACAAUGACAAUAAAUCAUCAAAAUCAAAUGUAACAUCACAAAAAUCAAACAAACCAAACAAACCAACCACUACAACCACCACUGCCACUACUAGUAAUACUACUUCUUCAAGCAAAAAGAAUAAAAAUAAAAAUAAAAAUGAAUCAACUAAUAGUUCCAAAUCAAACAGCACCCAAUCAACAGAACCAAGAGAUGUUGAAGGCAAUCAAUUUAAGACACUUACUAUUGUUUUAGUAGCAGUAGUUAUCUUCUUUAUUGCUUUCAAACUUCCAACUUUAUUAAAAUCAGCCAACGGUAAUCAAUAAACAAAUAUCAUAAAAAUAGUAAUAACACCAACACAAUAUAGAACUCCCACUAAUUUGUUAAAAUUAUAUAAAAAUAAAAUAAAAAAAUACUACAUUGUUUCUUUUAAUUAAAUAU